AACAUUCGCGGAAACGUUUCCUCUCCGUUUUUUUUUUUUUCUUAGAAAAUGAUGCUAACAGGUUUUUCACCUGUUGCAUAAAUCUUUGUUUGAGCUUUCUGGAGAAGACUUACGAGGAAGAUGGGGAAAUUUUAGAAGAAUAUUUGAAACAUUCAAAUGCCAAAAGAAUUUUUAACCAUAUUUAGAAUAUCAUUAUUUAUGAGGACUAUCACUGAUUUAUUGGUUGAAUUAUGCAAACAAAAUUUCUGUUGGUUUUUUUUCUUUGCUUUGAAAUUUUGUUAAAGAGCGAAUCAUCAAGUGCGUAUGCCUUUUUUCUUGCCUUGAUGUGUAGGCGUAUACUCCAUGUUUUUCAAAGGAGGGAGGGAACGUAAUCCCGUUAAUUUUUCUGCGUAGUCUCUCUUGGAGGCUCCUAUAAAGCUUCUUCGAAUGGGGAAGUCUUAAAAUAAUGGUAUAAUGACAUCUAAUAUCAUGUAUGAUAAUUUUUAAAAUCAAAAAAUUAUUUUACAAAAUAAUAAACACAAAAUUCAGAGAUGUUUCAUUAAACCUAACCUUAAAUUUUGGUGAUACUAUUAAUUAAAUAUGAGUUACUAAUUCUAUGUUUUUCUGUAGUAUACCUUAACAUUAAAAGAUGAUUAUUUCUGUAAUAUAUUUGCUGCGUUAUCAUUAAAUAUUAGUGUUUAUUCAGUUGUGCCUCAAAAUAUAAAAUAAUACUAGAUAAUAUAUUUAAUUAAUCAUGUAUUUUCUUUUUUAGUUAUUUAUUUGUUAACUGGACAUAAAGAAUUACCGAGCACCUGCAAUGAAAUGUGUGAUUUUUUUUUUCUUGCAAUUUCCUUUUUCUCCUUUCAACAAGUAGGUGCCAUUUUAAGAUGUUGGGCAUUAAAAUAGACAAGGCCUAGUGAAAUUAAUACCUUACUCAAAGCCAUUUAUCAGUAAAUCACAGAAUGGUACUAGAAUUAUUGUUAACCGCUUUUUUUUUUCGACUGAGGCACAGAGCUGGCCCCUCCAGAGGCUAGCAGUGUAGUGUGUGUGUGUGUGUGUGUGUGUGUGUGUGUGUGUGUGUUGGAGGUGUGCUACAGAACAGAACAUUUUACACAGAUGAAAGUGGAGAAUUUUGGGGUGCUGGUAUCAAAUUCAGGAUCUUGCAGGUGUGUAACAGGCUUCCACCAUUGAGCUUCCCCUCAGCUUCCCCUCCCCACGGCAGCCAAAGAAAGUCAAAGCCUUUCAAGAUGGUUUUGUCCUUCCGAGGUAGAAGAAAAUUCUAGAAAGAAUUUAUCUACAUGCCUCUCCCAUUGUUUACGUCUGUGGCGGUCAGCUUUCUGUAAACAGCUGUGGCACCUGUGGCUUCCUGAUUGUAAACCUAGUAGGCAUCCUUCAAAAUUUGUAGCAUCUUUUGACAUCUCACAGUACAGAUUAUUUUCUCUCUGUAACAUUCCCUUUUCUCAGUUUUUUUAAAAAAACAUUCUCCUCGAAUUCUUUUUAUUUUGUGGGGUCCAGAGUUAAACCCCUUGGCAUUUUAUGUUACUGAAAAUAUCAUAUAUAUAUAGGUAAUGCCCAAAUCUGCAGCCUCUGCUGGCUUAAUACAUUCUACUGCUUACUAAACAUAACAUUAUGCUAUUAUUUUAUUAAACAGUGUCAUGAUGGCUGUUCUUACUGCUAUAUAUGCAGAUACUUGAAAGCUUGCUACGUGACUAAUAUUGUACCAAGUGUGUUGCUUGUAUAUUCUGAUUUAUUCUUUAUAAAACCUUAUGAAUGAUUUACUUUUAUUCCCUUGAAAAGUUUGGAAAUUGAGGUCCACAGAUAUUAGUCUUCUGACAGAUAAAACUAGGAUUUGAUCCCAGGAGUCUGAGAACUGUUUUGAUGCUUGGGGUUGUUUGGUACUCCUCAGCUGCUCAGUCAGUGUGCCUCACACUGGGUUGUGUUCCCAUAAGAAUUUCCUAUUGUACGUGUACCUACUAUUUAUUGGUACUUGUUUAAUGCACUGUGGUAAGUCAUUUAACUGCUAGAAUAACCCAUAGAACCGUGAGUAAGCACUGUCAGGUAAAGUUUACAAAUAAGGAGGUGAAGGAAUGUCUAAUGCCACACAGGUAGCCAUGGAAACAUAAUACUAGGAGUUGGGUUUAAAGCUAUUCUGUUAUAGUAAUUGCAUUAUAUUAUAGCUAAUACUAUUGUCCUGCUUAUUCUAGUUCUAGAGACACAGAAGAAACUAUCCUUGAUUCUCUUACCUCUUUACUAGUUAUGGAGUGUUCCUAAAAUAUUAAAAACGUUCUCUUCAAGGGCAAAGGUGUGACCAAAGGUCUGAUCACACUGGCCUUGCAGCCUGUGUCUCUGUAGUUUGGCGUGGAUUAGAAAGUAGAUGACAAGAGGAGUGCUGAGGGUAAGUGACCGCUGAGUGCUCGGCUCUAAUUAGAACACUGGUACCUCCACCACCGCCCCCCACAGACUCAGGGCGCAGCAGAGGAGUGUGGGAAAAAAUGUAAUAACUGGAGGGACAGAGGAGUGUGGGAAAAAAUGUAAUAACUGGAGGGUGGCUGGUUUGUGCUGCGGAAUGAUGUCUUCCGGACGUGAGAUAACUUAAAUCCAUGAGCUCGCUGCUCCUGUGGUUAACCUGUAUAAGGGCAGACCCCUCAACAUUUCCUCGUGAACAGCACCCACCCAACUGCGUUAGGGACAAUUGGCAGAAUAUGGUUACUGGGCACGAGAGUGGCAUUUUCUUCAGCAGUGUAGUCACUUAUAAGUUACCCAAGCUCCAGUAAAUAAUUGUCAUUCUUGCUUAUACAAUCAACCUUACUUCAAUUCAGUGAGUCCCACACAGAGACCUGAAAAUUGGAGGGGACUUAGUAGGGAGAAGGGUUUCAGUGGGGGAGGGGGAUGGCAAGUGAGAGAACGAAAUGGCACUGAGAAAAACUAAAUUCAUUAUCUGUUUACCUGUCUAUCUCAUCUAUCUGUAUAUGAAACUGUCAAAAACUAAGAUUUUUUUUAAAAGCAAAGUAGGUGACCAGGUUUAUUAGGUCUGUAUCUGCUUAAAGAAUAAACACCACCUUUUAUCAGCAAAAUAUAGUGGUUUUCACUGCAUGUGUUAAGUAGAUUCAUUUAUAUAAUCAUUCUUUUCUUUUUAGUAUUCUCUUUCUCUCCCAAGGAACAAGGAUGAGGAUGCCUGGGAAACCUGGAACAUUAAUAAAGCCUGAGUCGACCCCACCUCUAGGUUCCUGUCUUGAUAUCCUGCUCUGAUUUUCCUUCACGAUGGACCAUGAUGUGCAAAUGCUGCCACCCUAAGCGUACUCUUCAGGAUACCUUAGAAACUCAAAUUAACACUAAUAACCCAGAGCACUGAGGAGCACGUGAUCAGAAGCUGAAGAUUCAGAGGACAAUGUUAGUGUAGAGGAAGGCAAGCAAGAAAAGACAUAUCAGAGUUAUCAGACAACAAGAGAAAUGGAACAAGAAACUCCAGAGAACGUGGAUUCUGCACAGGAGAAAGUUAGUGCCCAGUCAGAGGCAGGCGAUGAUGCAAAUGACAGAGGAGAAAAGGCUGAACUGGAAGGGAAGGAGGAACUGGCAGAAGCCUAUCAGCUCCAGGUGGCUGAAGAAAUGGCGAAGGAGAUUAAGAAGAAGAUAAGAAAGAAACUGAAAGAGCAGCUGACGUACUUUCCUUCGGAUACUCUCUUACAUGAUGACAAGCUGGCCAGUGAAAAGAGAAAGAAGAAGAAGAAGAAAGUCCCGGCCCCGUCUAAACCUGAAAAGAGUACCUCCGAUGUCUGUGGUAGUGAAGCUGCAGAUGAACAACAGAAAGAGUGUUCCCUUGAGACGGCUACUCCAGGGCCUCACCCCGACGAGGAAGUACGCUCAGAAGAGAAGAAGGGAGGUAACAGUAUGCCAGAGACCAGAAAACCCAAACCCAAAAGGACAAAAAAGAAAACUAAAACAGGUCUGGUUGAGAAGGACGGCGUGAAUGGUGAUGGUGUUCAUGAAAUAACAAGCCGAGACAGUCCAGUUCAUCCCAAAUGUUUGCUUGAUGAUGAUCUUGUCAUGGGCGUUUACAUUCACCGAACUGAUCGGCUUAAGGCAGAUGUUAUGAUUUCUCACCCAAUGGUGAAAAUUCAUGUGGUUGAUGAGCAUACCGGUCAAUAUGUCAAGAAAGAUGAUAGUGAACGUCCUGUUUCAUCUUAUUAUGAAAAAGACAAUGUGGAUUAUAUUCUUCCUAUUAUGACUCAACCAUAUGACUUUAAAAAGUUAAAAUCAAGGCUUCCAGAAUGGGAAGAACAAAUUAUAUUUAAUGAAAAUUUUCCCUAUUUGCUUCGAGAGUUUGAUGAGUGUCCAAAAGUCAUCCUCUUCUUUGAGAUUCUUGACUUUUUAAGCAUGGAUGAAAUUAAGAAUAACUCUGAGGUUAAAAACCAAGAAUGUGGCUUUCGGAAAAUUGCCUGGGCAUUUCUUAAGCUUCUGGGAGCCAAUGGAAACGCAAACAUCAAUUCAAAACUUCGUCUCCAGCUCUACUACCCACCCACUAAGCCUCGAUCUCAAUCAAAUGUUGUUGAGGUUUUUGAAUGGUGGUCCAAGUGUCCAAGACAUCGUUAUCCAUCAACAUUGUAUGUAACCGUACGGGGACUGAAAAUUCCGGACUGUAUAAAGCCAUCUUACCGCUCUAUGAUGGCUCUUCAGGAGGAAAAAGGUAUACCCGUGUAUUGUGAACGCCACCGUGAGACAAGUUCAGUAGACACAGAACCAGGAUUAGAAGAUUCAAAGGAAGUGGUAAAGUGGAAACGUCUCCCGGGUCAGGCUUGUCGUAUCCCUAACAAGCACCUCUUCUCACUGAAUGCUGGAGAACGAGGGUGUUUCUGUCUUGGUUUCUCCCACAACGGAAGAAUAUUAGCAGCCGCCUGUGCCAGCCGAGAUGGAUAUCCGAUUAUACUGUAUGAAAUUCCUUCUGGACGUUUCAUGAGAGAAUUGUGUGGCCACCUCAAUAUCAUUUAUGAUCUUGACUGGUCAAAAGAUGAUCGCUAUCUCGUUACUUCAUCAUCCGAUGGCACUGCCAGGGUUUGGAAGAAUGAAAUAAACAGUACAAGUACCUUCCGAGUCUUACCUCAUCCUUCUUUCGUCUACACGGCGAAGUUCCAUCCAGCUACACGAGAUCUGGUGGUUACGGGAUGCUAUGACUCAAUGAUAAGGAUAUGGAAAAUUGAUAUGAGACAAGAUACUCCCGUAUUAGUCCGCCAGCUUGAUGUUCACAAGAGUUUUGUCAACUCCGUCUGUUUUGAUGAUGAAGGUCAUCACAUGUAUUCAGGAGACUGCAUCGGGGUGAUUGUUGUUUGGGACACUUACGUGAAAGUGACAGAUUUGCAGCACUCAGUGCGCCACUGGACAAUAAAUAAGGAAAUCAAGGAGACUGAAUUCCGGGGAGUUCCAAUAAGUUAUCUGGAGGUCCACCCCAGUGGAAAACGUUUAUUAAUCCACACCAAAGACAGCACACUGAGGAUCAUGGAUCUGCGGAUACUAGCAGCAAGGAAAUUUGUCGGAGCCGCGAAUUACCGGGAGAAGAUCCAUAGCACUUUGACCCCAUGCGGGACUUUCCUCUUCUCUGGGAGUGAGGAUGGAAUAGUGUAUGUUUGGAACCCAGAGACAGGAGAACAAGUAGCAAUGUAUUCAGACCUGCCAUUCAAGUCAACUAUCCGAGACAUAUCCUACCAUCCGUUUGAAAAUAUGGUUGCAUUUUGUGCAUUUGGGCAGAGUGAGCCAGUUCUUCUUUAUGUUUAUGAUUUCCAUGUAGCCCAGCAAGAGGCUGAAAUGUUCAAACGCUAUAAUGGGACACUCCCAUUGCCUGGCAUCCAUCAAAGUCAGGAUGCUUUGUGCACCUGCCCUAAACUGCCCCCUCAAGGCUCUUUUCAGAUUGAUGAAUUGGUCAACACUGAAAAUAAUUCAUCAAGAAAGAUUCAACUUGUGAAGCAGAGACUCGAAACUGUCACAGAGGUGAUACGAUCCUGUGCUGCAAAAGUCAACAAAAAUCUCUCAAUGACUUCACCACCACCAGGCCCUACAAAGAAGCAGAGGGUGAAGCAGUCGUUUGUGCUGACCACGGAUGAGAUUAUUCAUCAGUUUGGGUUCCCUCAAACUGCAUUUAUCAGCAUAGAAAGAAGGCCUUUCACCCGUCAAGUAGAUGCACCACCAAUGGUCGUGGCUCUUUAUGACUACACAGCGAGCCGAUCAGAUGAACUAACCAUCCAUCGCGGAGACAUUAUCCGAGUGUUUUUCAAAGAUAAUGAAGACUGGUGGUACGGCAGCUUAGGAAAGGGGCAGGAAGGGUUUUUUCCAGCUAAUCAUGUGGCUAGUGAAACACUGUAUCGAGAAUCGCCUCCAGAGGUAAAGGAGCGAUCUCCUCCUUUAACUCCCAAGGAGAAAACUAAGACAGAAAAGCUUUCAGCUUCUCAAAAGCGGUUCCUGAAUAAGGACAGGUCCCCGGAUUCCAGACUAGGCUCCCAGUCCAUGGCCCCGGCUUAGUCCUGUUCUGACCUGACUGCGAAGGCAGGCGUUCCAGGUGAGAGUUGGCAGCCACUGCGAGCAUCAGCCUGAUGGAGAAAAUGCUGACCGGGAGUUUCCUGCCGUAGCUGCUGAGCUAGACAGUGAUGUGCACUAGUAAUGACACAUGAUAUGUGCCUAUGAGUGUGUCCAGUGUGCCAAGGAACACUCACGCUAUGCACAUCAUUUUCUAAAUGUAAGUUUGUCAGGCACCUAACAUGCCAUCAAAAUGUUCUAGGUACUGGAGACAUGAGUAAACCUAUCAAAAUCCUCAUCUUAGAGAGCUGGCAUUUUACUUACAUGUGUAAACAUUUGUGUUAGAAUAUGCUAUACUGUGGAGAAAAGUUAAGUAUGGGGAGGAGAUAGAAAUGGGAGGUGUAAUUGUUGCAGUUUUGAGUUUUGUUUGUUCUGUUAAUAUUUUUGUUUGCAAGUCUUGUUCAGAAUCCUAGAGUGACCUUGAACUCAUAGGUGAUCCUCCUGAUCUUAUCCACCCAAGAACUGGAAUUCUAGAUGUGAGCCACUACAGUGGGUCUGUUGUAGUUUUAAGUUGAAUUGUGAGAAAAGGAAUUGAGUAAUGUGUGUACAAGGGGACAAGUGCGGAAGGCCAUGAGGCAGGAGUGUAGGAGCGAGCAUACUCGGUAUCCUAAAGAAACAGUGGGGAAAUUGCCAGCAUGCUGGAAUGGAUAAAGCAGUUGAGAGAACUCGAAAAGACGAGGGUAAGCAGUGGUCAGACCAUGUAACGUGGGUGUCACUAAAUAGAGGGAACAGCACAUUUCAACAUCACUCUGACAUGUGAGGUAAGAAUGGAUACACAUUAAUAGGUGAGGGUGAAGGCAGAGAGACUAGUUAAGAUCAUAUUAAAAGUAUCAGAAGAGAUUCGGCCAUACCUAGAGGAAGUACGGUAGCAAGGGGGUUAGUGAAAGGGUCAGAACUGGGGCUGGGUCGUCCCUCAGUCACCUAAGUCCUUACCUAAAAAGCAUGAGUUUCAUGCCCAGAACACAUGUUAAAAAAUGAUAGACAUGGGAACCCAUUUCUGUAAUCCCAACGCCGGUGAGGUGGAGAGAGAAAAUCCUUGGGGCUUGCUGGCCAGCCAGUCCAGCCUGAUUAGUGCGCACCAGGUCAAUGAAAGACUGUCUCAAGGAAGACAGACAGUGUUCCUGAGGAUGAUACCUGCCCUGCUUAGGGUUACUGUUGCUGUGAUGAAACACCAUGCCCAAAACCAUGAUGCCCAAAAAUGAAAGGGUAUAUAUUUGGCUUACACUUCCACAGCGCUGUUCAUCAUCAAAGGAAGCCAGGAUAGGAACUCAAACAACGUAGGAACCUGGAGGCUGGAACUGAUGCGCAGGCCUCAGAGGGGUGCUGCUUACGGGGCUUGCUCAUCAUGGCUUGUUCAAUCUGCUUUCCUGUUGAAGUCAAAACCAGCAGCCCAGGGAUGGCACCACACACAACGGGGUGGGUUCCCCAUCAAUCACUAAUUAAGAAAAUACUCUACAGGCUGUGUACAGCCCCAUCUUAUGGAGGCAUUUUCUUAAUUAAGGCUCCCUCCACCAGAUGAUGUUAGCUUAUAUCAGUUGACAUUAAACUAUCCAGCACACCGCCAAGGUUGUCCUUGGCUUUCAUAUGCACACACAAGUGCUUGCACACCAACAUACACAUCAACAAGUAAUCAACAUUGCACACAUCCAUACAAGCAUUCACACAUAUGCAUACAUGUAUUUUUAUAGGUCUGGUUUUAUAUAUACAGAUGUAUUUGUGACAGUUUUACUGAAAUAUACUUGGUAUAUAAUAAAUGACGUACAUUUCAGAUUUUAAGAAAGAGACACUCAUGAGCCAUCACCACAAAGAAUUCCUCAAUCUUUUCACGUUCUUUCAUUUCUUCCUUUCUGUAACUACCAUCCCUUGACAACCAGUGAUCCUCUCUCUCCUUCCAGAGUUUCAAAGACCACAAUUUGUUUAUUCAUUACCUGUUUAUAUGUCUUUGAGUUGUCUCGUUUGGAGCCACUACAAAUAUCAGUAUUUGUGUAAAUCAUCACAUAGAUAUUUGCAUUCGUGUUUAUUGGGUAAAUAACUAGAAUUGGGUGACUAGAGUUGUUUUAAUACAUUUUCUGUGUCAUCUCAUGUUUACCUACUCGCAAGAGAGUUGUGCUUCCUCCCCAGGACAAGACACAGUCAGGCUGUAAUCCCAGCCCUUCCAAUUCGAGAGGGGCCUCAUGUGCUUUGACUUUGUGGAUCCUUAUCCCUAAUGGCCUAUGAUGUCAAGGACGAGUGUGUGUGUGUGUGUGUGUGUGUGUCCCCAUAUAUAUUUAUGAUCUCUUUGGUGAAAUGAGUAUCUAUUUGAAUAGUGCUUUACCUUUUUAAUACUUGAAAGACUUCUGUUAAUUUUUUUUCUACAUGUAUUUCUUUAUUUUUGGAGGAGGGCCCUGUAUACCAUGGUGUGUGUGGCGUUCAGAGGAUAACUUGAAGGAGUCAGUUCUUUCCUUCUUCAUAUGGAUUCUGGGAAUCAAACUCUGGUUGUCAGGCUUGGUGGCACGUGCAUUACCUGCUGAGCCAUCCCUCCAGACCUAGUAUUACUAAGCUUCAGGAGUACACCACAUCUUCUGAAUACGGCCUCUCUUCCUGACUCUACUGCGCUGCCUCUCACUAUAGCCUCACAGAGCCUCUGCCUGCACACAUGUGGAGACAGUGUGUGCAUGAUCACACAAGCAAACACAUCAUUUUAAGACACUGCUAUUGUCCUAACUGGAUAAACCAUAUUGAGCUUACUCACGCUCCCUGUCUCCAGACACAGUCACAUUGAAAGCUAGACCUUGAACUUGAGUUAUGUAUAUACAUGCAGUUUUGUGUACAAAUACUUUAUCAUUCCCGGUAAUCCCUUGAUUUUUAAAUUCUUGUAUCUUUUUAAAGCUGUUUAGGAUAUUCCCACCUUUACCAUGGUGUAUGUUUUGCUAUUACCAUUGAGAUUUUCACGGUCUUCUACAGUUGGGUGUUCUAAACUUUAGUAGGAGCUUCUCCCACUUCUUCCCUUGCCUCUAAGAAAUACCCUGUGACAGUAAAGGGUUGUUUUUCCAUCUACAUUGAUAACAUUUUCUGGUUUUCCCUUGGCAUCUAAACAGAAUUUGCUCAAUUCUUGUCCCUUUCAUGUCUGAGAUGGAGCAUUGCGUCUCACCCCUUUGGAGAGUGGCACUUGUAGUUUUCCCAGUGGUUUUUCUCAGGCCCCCGACUUAUCAUCCCUGUCCAUCCCUCUGUCCCUUCCCUAGAUCCAGGCCUUAUCUAACCCACUACAGCAGCUGUCAUGCUGGCUCCUCAUUUCUAAUCUUUCCUUC